GUCCGGAGGGAGGUCCAUUCAUUGACGUGCGUGGGAUAGCAGAAGUUGAUUGUUCCCGUCCUGGCGUCGGUCAUGUAUGUGCGUGCAUGAGCCUGGAAGCAAGUUCGCUCCUCUGCCAUGCUCCCCACUGCCGACCUCGUGCACCUCCAUGUCCGCUGCUUCACCAUUCCCUCACGCCGCCGUGACGGCGCCUGACCGAGGCCGGUGAACGGCGACGGGAGGCCAUGUCGAGCAGCGAGUCGUCGUGGGGCAAGCGGCGCAGCCUGUUCGCCCUGCCCGUGCACGAUGCAGGCACCACCACCACAAAGGGCGCCGGCAAGGCCAAACGAGGCAGUCACCGCAGAGCGCCCAGCCUGCUCCUCACCGACCUCCACCCCUCCGACCUCGCGCGUGCCGCCGACGAGAUCCACUCCGCACCCCCCUCCUCCACCCCUCCCACCCUGCCCCGCCCGCCGUUGAGCGUGCGCAACAGCACCCGCCGCACCGCCAGCACCGAUCUGAAGCUGUCCUGGCGGUCGAGCACUGACGAUCUGGCGCGCGAUGUCGUGGGCGAGCCCUUGACCACCUCCUCCAGCACCGUCUCGAUGAGCAGCGCGGAUGGCAAGACUCCGGCGCGCACCGUGCUGCUGCACGGCGACGUGCAGACCAGCGCCGGCAUGUUCAGGAAGAAGAAGGAAUACCUCGUCCUCACCGAAACCCACAUCAUCCGCCUCAAGUCGCAGGCCCGCGCGGCCGAGAUGUUCAAGAUGGUCUCGCUGAGCCCGAGCGGCCGGCCGUCGCUGAGCAAGCACAUCUCCACCGCCUCCCAGCCCGACCUCCAGACCAUCUCCGACUCCUCGGGAGACAAGGAAGGCCGCGUUCCCCUACGCCACGUCGUUGCCGUCUACCGCCUCGACGAUGGCAAACCCCACUCUGCCCUCGAAAUCUGCUACCUCGACGAGGAUGCCGCCCAGCCCUCCGCCCUCCUCCUCGGUUUCAGCAACGCGGACGAGCGAGAUGUAUGGUUGAAGACGAUCCGGAAUGCUGCCAACGACGCCCGCUUACGCGAAGAGAAUUACAUCUCGAGCUACAACAUCGAGAACGCGGCGCGCAUCGUCGAGCGCGCCCACGACUACGACCCCACCAACUGUGCCAUCUUCAAGGUGGUGCAGCGUCACUCGGCUACAAAGACCAGCCGCACUUCAUCGGAGGAACUGCUGAAGAUUGGCUCGACGGUGUGUUUCCUGGCCGUGGGCGUACACAAAAUCCACUUGAUCCAGAUUGUAAAGCCCACAUCCCGCGGCUCCAGCCCUUCCCUGAGCCAGUUCACCCCUCAGACGUCGCACGGCAUCCUCACUCUCACCGCCGCACGAGUGAGCGACACGGAUGACACUUUCGAACUCACCUUUCGCCAGCCGCUCCAGCCCGCGAGAUUUCUCUACCUGGCCUCCUCCGCAUCCCUGGAGAUUGCUGCGCGCAUUCACUUCGCCGAAAACUUCCUGCGGCCAGAGUGUGCGCACCGCCUGUUCAAGUUCAGCGUGCCUGCGGGAAUCGAGCAUCUCCUUCCCGCACCGGUAGCGUCCGACGAGGAGCAUUGCUGCUUGGACCGCACCCUCUCCGCCUACUGUAUAGCGUAUGGGGUCAAUCCGACCAAUGUACGCUACACCAUCAACUACACCUGCGAGGAUGCCCCGCGGUUUGAGCUCCUGCCCCCGGCCGAUGCGAAACGGCCGGAUUACGGCCCCAUAGCACUGCUCGCAAUCAUGAGAGCUCUGCGAUACAACGAGAGCUUCGGGAGUAUAUCUUUCGCGGGCGUGGACCUGGACAGCCUGAACGGACUGCACGAUAACCACGGGCAAGAGCUGGUCUGCUCACGCACGAAAAGAGGCACUCCGAUUAGACUGACCAUUCAAGAGCUGAGCCAUGCAAGCCUCCUGGUCCAAGAAAUUCGCGCGCUGGCUGUCACGAGCAAGAAGCUGCGUCGAAUGGACUUUUCCGGCUGCAUCUCCGCUACCGACGCCGCAGCAACAGAAGCGCUCGACGACGAAGGUGGCAAGACUAAGGAUAUUGGGUGUGGGAUCGUGGAGGCGCUGGUCCCCCUGUGCAAGCAUCAAACGACGAAUGUGGACUGGAUCUGCUUGAAUGGCAUCCAGCUGAGCGACACCGAUCUGGACUACCUCGUCGGCGCGGCGGUCGAUAAGUCCUGCCAUUUCCGUGCCAUUGAGCUCAACCGCUGUGGUCUGGAUGAUCGCAGCAUGGGCUUGAUCCUGGAUGCCCUUCGCGCCCAGGACAAUACGAUCGAGGCCGUCGAGAUUGCGGGCAACACGGCUCGGCUGGACCCGAUUACCUUUGACAGCCAACUGAGCAUGUUUGGAUUCGUUCGAAAACUCGACUUGUCAUACAUCUCACGCACGUCAGGCAGUGAGCCUCUGCUGACCGCGGAAACGCUCCUCAUCUGGAGGCUGCAAGUCUUGAGACUCAGUGGCACGGCCCUCAAUCCCGCAACGAUCGAUGCCGUCGCGACUUAUCUUGCUCACCCGCAGUCCAAGACCUUGCACGAGCUCUACCUCGACAAUGCAUACCUAUCCGGUAGGGACGUCGCCACCAUCCUGCACAGCCUUACCCAGGAUCCCGAGAACCCGCGCGACUUGCAUUUGGACAUUAGUCAAAACUAUCUCGCGAGGGGGUUGGAGGCAGUCACCAAGGCAAUUGCCGACGGCUUCACCCCAUCUCAGCUCAGCAUGCGCUCCAUCGAGUACCGCGAGGAGACUCUCUUCCGGAGGAUGCUGGCUGCAUUGACCAGCAACAAAACCAUCCGCUAUCUCGACAUGUCUCAGACUGCUUUGCAGGGAGAUGCGGGGGAGGAGACCUGCCGCGCGUUACACCGUUUCCUCGCCGACAACAACACGCUGGUCGAGCUCGACUUAUCGGGAGAGGACUCUCGUCUGUCCACCUUCAUGUUCGGUUCUGGCAUCAACGAAGCACUCACAGGAUUGAAACACAACAAAUCCAUCCAGACCUUGCGCGUAGAGAAGCAAAAGCUAGGGCUGCAAGGCGCCAGUACCCUGGCGGAGGUACUCAAGGAAAACGCCAUCCUGCGGGAGCUGCAUUGCGGGAGCAACGAGAUUCCUUUGCAUGGCCUGACAGACCUCGUGAAUUCUCUCAUUGAGAACACGACGCUCAUCUACCUGCCCACGAUGGACGACGGUCGUGAGGCCGCUUUGAAAUCUGCCGAAGCGACUAUGAAAGGCCUGCCCGACCUGGAGACUGCGGCUGGACAGAGCGCCAAAGCAUCAAGCCCUGCACGCCCAGCACCGGCAAACAACGCCAUCGGCGUCCGAAGAGGCCUUAAUAGUGUCCGACGGACCGCCGCUCGCGCAGCCUCGGCCUACACUCCGUCAUUCCCGGCCCUCCCAUCAUCAUCCGGUCGAUCCACCCCUGCGCCAGACAGCACCGCAAAGAAUGCCUCUGCUUUCUCCAUCACCCUGCCGCCAACGCCCAAUAAGACGAGGCGCAGCUCUCAAACCCCCGUGGCAGCCUCCCCGCUCUUUACCGUCCAAGAUAUCCAGAUCACCCAUCGCUUGCUGACGGAGCAAUGGGACCGCCAGUGCUAUCGUCUGCAGAAGUACCUGGAGCGCAACUGGAACAUCCUCCACGGCAUCAUCCCCGAAAAGCUUGAAAUCGAGGACGAGAAGUUCGAGCGGCCGGAGAGCGUGGGGUCGAUUGCGAAGGUGCUGGAGCAGGUGAAGAGAGAGACGACGCCGCGGAUUGAGAGAGAGUUAUAUUUCGACCCUGCGUCUGUUGGCGCCGAACUCGCUCCAAUCGGCCCAUUUGCCAGCCUCGCGACGGGCGAGAACGAUGGAAUCAACCCCGAGCAGCUUCAGCCCGAAAGUGUCGAUUCAAUGUCGGGGUCGGGGACGGGGACGGGGACACCGCAUUCGGCCUCGAUCCUCGCCGGGCAUGAGAGUGAGGAGAAGAUGCAGCGGCUGGAGCUUGACGACGACGUCGACGACGCCGAAGAACCUACGACCCCGACACAGCCGACUUUCAAUCUAGACUGAGCGGGACUGGUUCGUUUCGCCGGGGACAUGUGCACUGACUGAGAGACGAGAGACCAUUUUCCAACGGCGUUGAGAAGGGCGAGAUAUGGGACGUAUAACGAGCAGCAUGCAUGGGUUGUUGCUUGGCAUAUGCGAUGAGCGUUUUCUUGUCCAUCCCGCUUUUCCACCUUUGGGAAGUCGAGGCACUGCAUAGACCAAAAGGCGCCGGUGAGGCUGGGGGGGGUAGCGAGCAGAUAGAUGCUUUUCUUUCGUGAUUACGCAUGGCCUUGGUUGUGGGUGUAUUUGUUACUGUCCAAGCAUUCAGCGUUGGAGGUAUUUGCACAAUUUGAAAUCUUCCUACUCGCAGCACGGAUUGCUAGAAACAUAAACGAGUGAAGUGU